AUGCAAUUUUCAUCACCAUUUGGUAGGCGAUGGAUUCCUGUAACCGCGUUUCAUUUAACAGAAAUAAUAACUCAGGUUAAUGAAGUAAAAGCAGAUAUCUCAAUUGAAUAUAAUCAAGAAAAAUUAUACAAUUAUCGUUAUAUCUCAGCAAUCGAAAUGUUCAUGAAAAUUUAUUUCUCUUUGCUUGCUCUAAGCAUAUUAUCCACGCUGUUGAUCGUUUGCAAUCCAGUCAGAUAUGAAUUUGAUGAGCCUUCAAUGGAUUCGAUUAGUUUAUACAGUCCACUGCGAAGUGUGCAACACGAAUUUUGGAAUAAACCUAUGGAUGUGCGAAGAUUUUUUAAAAGAGAUAAACAACCAGCUUCAGCAGUAAAACGACCUCAACAGUCAGACAACUACUAUUAUGAUCUCUAUAGACAAUCUAUGCUGCCAACAAACGAAUUCAUUGGUUGA